AUGGCUGUCCUGCUCACGGGCGGCGCGGGGGCCAAAACAGCGCGACGGAUCGCCAGCCUCUGCUCCGAUGCCGGCAUUCCGUAUCUUUUUGCCUCGCGCCGCGGGGGAUCUGACGCUGAUGCGGACGCCGACGGCCCCGCCGUCCGCUUUGACUGGACGGACCAAACGACAUAUGCUGCGCCCUUCGCCCAUGCCUUCCCCGGCGGCGAGGCCAUCCGCGCCGUCUACAUGGUCAUGCCGCGCGUGCCGGAGCCGGACAAGCCCAUCAACGCCUUCAUCGACUAUGCGGCCGACCGCGGGGUCAAGAGGUUUGUACUGAUGGCCGGCACCACGGCCAAGAUGGGCGCACCCGGCCCGGGCAAGGUGUGGGAGCAUAUGGUCCAGAAAGGGGUGGAAUGGGCUGUGUGCCGCCCGACCUGGUUCAUGGAGAACCUAUCUGACGGCUUCCACCUGAAAACCAUCCGCGAGGAGUCCAAAAUAUACAGCAGUGUCGGGGAUGCCAAGGUGCCCUUUGUCAGCGCCCUCGACAUCGGCGGCGUCGCCUUUGCUGCCCUGACGCAGCGCGAGCCGCCCAACACCGACUACCGGAUUGUCGGCCCUGAGUCAAUCACGCAUGAUGAGGCGGCUGCCACGCUCAGCAAGGUUCUGGCUCGUCCCAUUGCGCAUGUCAGUCUCUCACCCGAAGACAGACUGAAGCACAUGACCGAGCAGCUCAAGCUCCCCACCCACUACGCUGGCUUCGUGGUCUCGUUGGAGAAGCUUGCCGCCGAAGGCAAAGAGGAUUAUACGGACGACACGGUAGAGAGGAUGACGGGCAGGAAGCCCCUGAGCUUCAAGUCGUUUGCCGAAGAGAACAAGCAGCUAUGGCUGCCCGCGUAG